UCAAACAGAAUAGUUGUCAAAAAUCGCAAUGCAUAGUAAUAUUUCGAUUGUGUUAGUGUUGCUUCUUGGCUGCUUUAUGCAGACAACUUACUCAGAGGAUCCUACAACUAAUAAGCCCACAACAAUUGCGCCGGAGUUUUCCUGCACUACGCACAAUGGAUUAGCUACCGAUCUAGAAGCUAUCGCUGGCUCUUGGUAUGAGGCUGCGCGUGCAUACGAUGAGGACGAUGUCCAGUGUCUGAAGUACUCCAUUGAAGCUACUCCCGAUGGUGAUAAUAGGAUUAACAUCAAAUUGGAGUAUGUGAGCACCGCCGAUGGGAAGUGGGAGCCUGAAAUAGAUUCAGCUCUCCUUCCCUGGGACGAUAACGCCAAGAAUGGAAUUUUUAGCUGGACCAAUGACGAGACAUCUGAGACGUCUGUCACCUUCAAAAUGGUUUCCAUGGAUAACUCCUCUUAUGCAUUUCUUUGCGGCUACAAGGGAAUCGGUUCUCAACCGCUUUUUAAGGUGCUAACACGUGAGCGAGCGCUAAGUAGUGACCAAAAGACUCUCAUUGAAGAAAAAUUUAAUGAUCUUUGUCAAAAUGAGGCAUUGGUCUGGGUGGAACAGUCAGAGCAAAAAUGCAACUCGGCAAUGCGCUCUAUAGGUCAAACACUUUUAGUUUUGCUUUCAACUUUACUUAUUUUUCAAUAGUUCAACUCGACUAAAUCCAUAAAAUAUCAGAUUAACUCCAUAAUGUUUUUUUAACAAUUGCACAAAAUAUUUAAAGCUCUACAUUUAAAAAAUCAUAUGACACAUGCGAUAACAUAUCUUCUUCUUAAAAAAUGUACAGAUAGAAUGUAAUGAUAACACUCAAAAUAUUGCAGAACUUAAACUCGAUUGAAGCUGUUAAGCAGUAUAGAACAAUACAAAAGUAUAACUCCAAUUAAAUUUAUUUAGUUUCGUUAUUACUUUCCUCAAAAUGUGUUAAGAUCCGGCUCAAGAACAUGUAUUCGCUAUGGGGUUGGAAAUGUCUACUCUUAUAUGUUGAUACAAAUAACAUAUAUUAAAAAUUGAUGUGAAAAUAUACUGUCAUAUUCAGCCAGCGGCAUUAUUUUUCACAUAUGUUAUGUAUAAUUGAAAAAUUGUAAUUUAGAAUUUACCCAUAUCCUGACUGUAAAUUCAAAUCGAAAUCAAGU